GAGCGAAACGCGAGAGGAAGAAGAAGAUGAAUUUUUGAGAGAAAUUUUAAAAACUUUAGGCUCGCAUUUUCAAGCUAGGCUAGGGUUUUGAGAAUGGCGAUGGCGAUGCCACUGGCGCUUGCGUCGAUGGCGAUCCCGAGUGGAUCGCUGCGGAUGGAUCUUGUCUGCCAUCGCCAGCAGCUGGGAUCGCCGGCGCCGCGCGGGCGAUCGUUAUUUUCCUCCUCGUCGACCAUCGGGAAGAAAAUUCCACUGGCAUUUUCAUCGAGAAUGAUGAAGAGGGGAUGUCAAACUGGAGCUUUCUCUGUGCAGUGCUCGGGCGAGACGCUGCGAUGGGUCUCGACAGUGUCUGCUGUGGCUCUUCUCCUUGUUAAGAACACUGGAGUUCGAAAAUCGCUGCUCGUUCCACUCUUGGCAUUGCAAAUGCCUCAAAAUGUUAUCAACUGGAUGAAGGGUGAAUAUGGAUUGUGGUCAGCAUUUCUAGCGCUUACUGUCCGGCUUUUCUACACCAUACCAGGAGAGCUUGAGCUUCCUUUGGUUCUUCUCUUGCUCGUCAUUACAGCUCCAUACCAAGUGAUGCAGCAAAGAGGGACUCAAGCGGGACUGAUCAUAUGGGCCACACUAUCAUCCUACUUGGGAUUCCAACACAUCUCUCGAGCUGGAGGGAUCGGCCGUGCGUUCCACCAGCGAGUCCUCGUCCCGACCGUGGCCUCCAUCUUUUUGGUGGCCGUUCCGGUCGUGCUUCUCUACCAGGGCCUCUGAAAGCAACGCGUGUAGUACGUAUGUGUGUAUUCGUUACUGUACAGCUUCGUUUUGUAUCAUUGACUAACAAUAACGAGUUUGUGUUUAAGAGAAA